CAAACUCAUCCAGCUGCAAUAGGUGACAGGAAACUCGGUUUAAAGUAAGGGAAGUUCAGUAUAAGUGCUCAAUGACUGUAAUGAAAGCGUUUAUUCGACUUUCAGAGUUAAGGUUUUCGCAUACUUUACCCUUAAUAAACCAAUGCGAUAACCUGAAAGCAAGAAUGAAUGAAGUGUUUAAUGCAUCUGUGAUGUUCAACGGCUUUUAAUCAUUGAACUUGAAUAAGUUUAUCAUAGUAACUUAUUCAACUGGAGCUUACUCAAUUGUGAAAAAUUACUAGAUAGCACAAACUCAAGAGUUGAAGAAAUACAGGGUUCUUCGGAGAUGAAUUAUUUACUAAGAAGCAACGCGAUUGAUUUUUUCCUUAUACUACUUUUUAAGCAUACGUUUCGAAUAACGCAUCAAUUGUAUUAACUCAGUUACGAAAACUGAAAUCCUGGAAGUUUUCCUGAAAAGGGAUCACAUUUUAGAGGUGGAAAAGAGACACAUUAAACAAUAACCAAUUAUACUAAGUACUUUUAUAAGACGGACUACAGAUAUCGAAAUUUCUUUUUGGUUUUACAACCUAAAUUCAAACGCACCAUGAAACACUGUAGCAGGGCCGUAAAACACAUAGAAUUGACCGCGAUCAUAUACAGUGACACAAGAAGCAGUUAAUUUGAUAUUAGAUUACGUAUUGUAUAAUAUCGACAUAUCAUUCAUGAUUUAAAUCCUCCGAUAACUGCACAAAAACGUGAACAGCUCUUUGCAAUCACACAAAAAAAAUAUAUGGUAAUGGAACAUCGGGGAGCCACAUUAAAAAAUCUUUUUCUUCUAGCUUUUCCUAUACACACUCAUUGUUGUAUUUUUCCUAUUUUUACUGUUACCCUUACUACUCAUACUUGGCUCUGGCAAACCACCUAAAACGACGGAAUCCAGUCAUUUUAAACAAUACCAUGGCGAACAAGCUGCUGCGUGUUUUCCCAAUUCUAUUAGAAGCUCGUUCUGAUCACAACUACGAGGGUUCGGAGUAUGUUAAAUACUUGGCAAACAAGAUUCAUUGUUUGCGGAAAAAACUAGGUAUCACCCAAAAAGGCGGGAAAAUAAAAGAAAGCAGUGAUUUUAGCUAUUACGAAAUUUUGUUAUUUAAUGCUGAUCGAGCACUGCAUCAAUUUUUCCUGUUGAAACCUGUUAAUCGAAAACAUGCUAUCCGUCGGCUGAAACGUGCAAUCAUGAUUGCUGAUGCUCUGUGUUCCUUCGUUUCUUCAAAUGCACCGGAAAACUUGAAGGAGACAUUCGUUUUCGAAACUCAGACUUACGCAAGCUUUCUUCAUGGAUAUCUGUGCUACGAAAAGAGUCAACUAGAAUCGGCUAAGCUUUUCUUCUGCGAAACACGUAUAGGUCUCCAAGUUGUACGUCUAAAGUUGGAUGCUCCUGACUAUAUGAAACGCUUUUUAGGCGAUUUGCAAUCUAAUCUGGACAAUGACCUGCGUUAUAUCGUUCAAAAGCUCGACGAAGCUGACGCAGAAAACACACUCGAUUACAUCUCGUUGAAGGGCACGCCAGUCAGUUCUCCUGUACUUGAAUUUGCUCGCAAGCAUUGCCCCGACAUGAUUGCUUCCCAGAGCCAGCAAGACCACGAACUCGCUUCAGUGCGUACCAUUCAGUGGAGAAAUAACACAGUCUCUGUUCACAACUUUGACAUUCUCAUGGCAUUAUUCCGUGUCCAAGACGCUGAACGUGGACUAGCGGAUGGCGAUGAGCUACACGAUGAACGUACGCUCUCAGCCUGGGCAAAUGCCGAGACGAUUGCGAAACGUGUACUCGACUCGACUUCCAUUGAAGAUGAUGAAAAGGCGUUUCAAGAAGUGUCUAUCUGCUAUACGUACAUUGCCUUUCACCAUGUUCUCCAACGUAUGCAACGUGACAUGAAACUCUUAAAGACAACUGAUGAUGGACAUUAUUCCAGUCAAUAUAGAACUUUACAAGGUGUUUAUGAUGCUUUAAUUAAGAACACCGAACAAGCAAAGACGCUGCCUGGUAUCUCCAGGGAUGUUAGUAUGUCUAUCCAAUUAGAUGCACAAAUUGCAAUCUUUAAGUGCAAACGCUGCCAAGUAAUUGCUGAUUCAUACCAACAAGUGAACAAAGCAGUGAGUUUGGGUAUGUGUGUCCGUGCUCUUGAACAUCUUGAGCAAGUUCAAGAUCUUCUUCGCGAACUUGAUGAAGAACCACAAGCAAUUGCAUUCAAUGUUGUUGCAGAAUACAAAAAGGAUAAGGAAACACUCGAAGAACGAGUGCUGCAACUGCAAAGCCUGGCAACUGUAGAAGCGUUUAGCCGGAGAAACACUCAGCUCUCGGUUACUGAAAGUAUGAAUACAGCUUACACCUUCCAAGCGACCGAGGAUAACCAAUCUCCAAUCAAUGUUACCAAUUCCUCCGUUCGUCCUAUCCCUAUGAAACCCGUGUUUUUUGACCUUGCUGUUGCGUACUUGGGAAAUCAAAAGGCAUUCCAUGGACCCGAAUCGAGCAAGAAAGAACAGCAAGCCUCGAAACAGCCCGCCGAAGCACCAAAGAGCAAAGGUUUCUUUCGUAGUUUUUUGGGUCGUUUGGUAUCUCAAUAGGUGUGAAAAUGCUUUGCUACAUGAAUGCGUAUAAAUGAAAUGGAAAGAAGAGGGGAAGACGCACGAGAAAGAGUGAGCGUGUACAGUAUUGCGUUGUAGAACAAUAAUUCACGACCUUUGUGAGAGCUAUUAUACAAGUAUAU